ACAACUCUCACUGGCAAUGCCCACAAAACACAUAGAGCAGCCACACGACUCUUUAGAUGGGGAAAUAUCAAGCUUACGAACUGGUCAUGCUUUAAUAAAAGUACAGUGAAGUUGCUGUUAUCAGAAUGUUGUCAAGUUGUCAUUGUACAUGUCUGACAGGUGCAGAUGUUAGGAGGGAGUUGAGGAACAUUUUUGCAGGAGAAGACCAGAACAACAUGGACAUUAAGAUGGACAUCGCAUUUCUAAAAGAGCAAUAUGACUUCAUUAAAGACAAACGGAGACGAGAAUCUUGUGUGGUGUGUUUCAAGAAAGAAAUAAUCAAUCAAAAGAUAUAUAACCAAAAUCUGAUGUCCCAGAUCGAACAAAUGUCAUUAUCAGACUCCGAAACCCAGUUUAACUUUAUUAAGGGUUCUGAUAGCGGCCUGUGGCGCACACACCUGGACAUGCACCGCAUAACUCACACAUUCAAUGUCACUGAACACGUCGAUCACAUGUCCGACUGCAGUGAUGUCACAGAUGAUACCACAUCUACUGAAGAGUCCAGCACUGAUUUAAGUGAAGAUCUAACUGAAGACUCAGAUGUCUGUGAUAGAAACCAGCAUCUCAAUAACAGAAUGUCAAUCACCAGCAGUGCCCUGACCUCCAGGAACACCUGCUCACCAGAUGUUUUGUCCCGACAGCUGAGUUUUAGGAGCUAUCGGUCAUGUUCCUCAUCUACAGGAUCACAAUAUUACCCCUUCCCUCAGAUGAAAUGUUUAAAGAAAUCUGAGACCGCCAGGAGACUUGGCCUGUACGCUUCAUUUUAAUGAGAAGACUCAAAUGAAAAUCUGUUUAGUGUAUUUAAAAUAUGAGUUGACUGACAUGGAAAUAAAGUACAGUAUCUUAUUGUUUUGUACCCGGAUGUUGACAGAUAAACUGUUGACUGUGAUUGAGUUAUUUCAAUGCAUGCAGCCUACUUUUAAUUUAGUCGUGUUUAUUUUUUAUUUGUAAAAUUAAUUUUAUUUCCUUUUUCUGCUACUUUUUCUCCUUAGAUUUUAUUGUAUUAUUUUCUUUUAGUCAUUUCUAUUUCAAACACUUUGAAUUACCUUAGUGAAUUAAAUGUACUUUAUA